AUGACUUCGACUGCGAGCUCUCAGAAGAACCCGGCGCCGAACUCCUCUGCUGCUUCUGCCCCUUCGUAUGCCUCUGCAGCAGGUGCAUCCAAGAAGCCAGCCUCGACGCCUCUGAUCGCGACAGGCUCCAACCAGUCUACUCCUGUGGUUGUUGGCGGCUCUUCCGCGCAACAUGCCAAGUCUUCCGGCCCUUCACCAGUAAACGGACGACCUCCCAUCACCCCUGCCGUGCCUGCUCCCGCAGCUGCUCACGGCUCCAACAACAACUCGAACAAUAUGAACGGCGCCGGCGAACAUAGCCGGAAGAGCUCCGUCACCAUCAGCGCCAACGGCCCCAACAGCUACGCCGGCAACGGUGGUGCUGCUGGAGGAGGCUCCAAGUCCGGUAUCCAGUUCGGCUUCAAGGACUCGCCUGCCAUCGCCCACAGCUCGCCCCAGAUGUCCGCCGCCCCCAUCCCCAUUCCUGGUGGCAACCAGAGCGCCAGGGUCCCGUCUCCCGCGCACUCUCCCUCCCCCAUCCCCCAGCCCUCUGCCAGUGGUGGUCGUCCCCCUUCGGGCAUUGCCCAGCAGGGCAACAUGACCUUUGGCAGCCUCGGCAGUGAUGGCGAUCGUCACAUGAGACAGGCUCCCACGCCUCAGAACCCGGCUGCCCUGGCUUCUCAGCCCGGUGCCCAUAUCCGCCGCGAGUCCGCCGUCUCUCAGCAGAGUGACAUGAGCGGUGCUGCCCGGCCCAACUUCACUCCCCAGGGCGGACGUGGCCGUGGCAACACGCCCUACAACCCGGCUCACCCUCCUUUUAAUGCUAGUCAGGGAUUCCCUCCUAACUUCCAGUCUGGCCCCGGCCGCGGCCGCGGCGGCAUGCCCCCUGCCUUCCACCCGGCUAAUCGCCCCAUGGGUUAUCCCAACUCUCCCGGCCCCGCGCGUAGCCCGGCGCUGACGCACUCUCAACCCGGCACGCCCAACAUGGCUCCUGCCCAGAUGCACAACGGCAUGCCCAACCAGACGCAGUACCACUACCCGGCACCUGGCAUGCCCCCCCACCAAGUACAUACCCUCUCUUUCCUUGCAAAUUCGUUUCCUUCCAAGCCCGACAAGAAGAAGUCUGGCCGCCGCGAUCAGGAGAAGUAUUCCGACCAUGACCGGCAGCUAAUCAACUCUCGCCAUCGCGGCUUGUCCAAGGCGCAGACCUCAAAGUCUCGACGUCCAAGUAGACGCGGAGAAGUAGCAUGCGGAGAAGCGCCAUGGACACAAGCUUCCGAAGAGGCAGCUCUCAGCAGUCGCAACACGGGCCCCUUGAACGCUACGCUGUCACUUCACCCGGAUGCCCCUUGUUUUUUAAUUCCUCCCCCUCACAAGAGCCUACUAACCCAGUCACCUGCUAAAAUUGAUCUCUCUCCCGAAUCGGGCAAUUUCGAACGAAUGCUGACAGCUAAACAACAGUAUGGAUACCCUCCCCAAGGCGGCCAGUUCGACGCUCGACAGGCACCCUACUACAUGCCCCAGCCCUACAUGCAGCAAGGCCCCGGCGGCUCGCCAGCGGGCAACUACCAGCAGGGCUUUGUCCCUCCUCCCUACCACACCGCUGCCCCAGUCAGCAUGUCGCGCACCUCCUCGCACUCUGAACGCCCCACCUCUAGCACCGGCCAGCCCAGCCAGCCGGUCAUCGUCUCGGGUGCGCCCCAGCAGAACGCUCAAGGCAAGGGCGCUGCGGCCCUUCCUUUCACGCGCCCCAAGAAGAGUGCCGCUGUGGUCAUCAAGAACGCCCAAGGCGAGACGGUCGAUUUCUCUAGCAUGAAGACGCCUGCUUCGCCCUCCCCGAGCACCCAGCAGACCAGGACCCCUCCUGUCAUCGCCACCACACCCUCUCCGGCACCCAAGAGCGCCACCCCUGCGCGCCCUGACCACAACAGGACGGAGAGCGCACCGAAGACGGCAAAGGAGAUUCAGGAGGAGCUGCGCGCCAAGGUCCUCCUGGCUGCCGGCGGCGAGCCCAAGGACGCCAAGACCGCCAAGCCUGAGCCCGCUAAGACCGAGGUCAAGCCUGUUGAAGCUACACCCGUCGCAGAGGCCAAGAAGGAGGUUACGGAAGCGCCCAAGGCUGCUGAAGAGCCCGCCGCCGCCGCCGAGGCGACCAAGGAGGCUGAGUCGAAGCCCGCUAAGCCGGCAGCCAACGUCGAGAGCGAAGAAGACGAGAUGGAGCGCAUGAUUCGUGAGAUGGAAGAAGAGGAUGCCCGUCGCGAAAAGGCCGCCAACGAGUACGAGGCUAAGAAGAAGGCUGACGCUGCCGAGAAGAAGAAGCUGGAGGCCGAGAACAAGGCAACCUCCGCGGCCGAGGCGGAUAAGAAGCUUCGUGACGCCGAGCGUGAGGCUGAGCGUCUCGAAGAGGAGAAGGAAAAGAAGCGUGCGGCCACCGAAGCCUCCGGCAAGUCUGCAUCAGUCGCCGACGCCCUCGCGGGCAAGGAGGCGCCCCAGGAGGUCGGUGAUGUCACCGACAAGCUCGCCAACCUCAAUAUUGGAGACAAGUCAUCCAAGGCUGCGCCUGCCGAGAAGGCGCGCGCUACCAAGCCGGCUGCGCUGAACCUGGCUCCCAUCAACACCAAGCCUGUCGAGCCCCCUCAGCCCAGCGCUGCCCUCCAGUCGCUCAAGUCGGCCCGCUUCCUGACGGUCAUCAACCAAGACAUCUACCCAGCUGGCAUUAGCUCUCCCAACCCAGCGCUGAACGCUGCUGUUGCGAAGAAGGGCAAGACGUUCAAGUACGACGCGCAGUUCCUGCUCCAGUUCCAGAAGGUCUUCACCGAGCAGCCCUCCAUGGAGUUCCACCAUCAGGUUAAGGCCUUGAUUGGUGAGGAUAGCUCUCGCUCGGCGUCGAGCCCUCGCCCCGGCUCCAGCCGACAACCUUCCAGGUCUGGGGCCUUCACCCCGAGCCAGCCCAACAUGGGCCAGUUCAUUUCGAACCCGAGCGUGCGUGGCACAACGUCCAAGCAGCGAUUCGCCAUGUCCAACGCGGCUCUUGCUAGCGGUGCGACGGCCCCUGCGGCCGGCGGCAUGGGCUCCUUCGGCCGCACCGGCAGUGGAUUCCCCAUGGGACCCCCUAUCUCCCGCAACGCGUCGUCGUCCAACAUCAACCCGUCCAACUCGCGUCGCGGCCCUGGUGGCAGCCAGAGGGGCAAUAGCAGGCGUGACAACUUUGGUGCCAAGGAAGCGCAGGCUGCUAAGACCAUGCCUCUUACGCAGGGAAUGGACCUGAAGCCUAUCACCGUUUCCUCCUCGGGCUGGAAGCCCACGAGCCUGGGCAAGGGUCCUGCCGCGGCGGCGCCCACUGGCAACAUGGACCCCGAGAUGGUUCAGCGCAAGGUCAAGGCUGCGCUCAACAAGAUGACGCCGGAAAAGUUCGACAAGAUCGCCGACCAGAUCCUGACCAUCGUUGCGCAGUCCAAGACCGAGUCGGAUGGACGCACGCUGCGCCAGGUCAUCCAGCUCACCUUCGAGAAGGCUACUGACGAGGCUCACUGGGCCUCCAUGUAUGCCAAGUUCUGCAAGCGUAUGCUCGACACCAUGAGCCACGAGAUUCGCGACGAGAACCUCAAGGACAAGAACGGCGAGGUCGUCAGCGGUGGCGCGCUCUUCCGCAAGUACCUCCUCAACAGGUGUCAAGAAGAAUUCGAGCGUGGCUGGAAGGUCAACAUUCCCGCCAAGCCGGAGGAGGCUGAGGAGGAAAAUAAGAUAUCCGCCGAAGCCGCCAUGUUGUCUGACGAAUAUUACAUUGCUGCCGCCGCCAAGCGUCGCGGUCUUGGUCUUGUCCAGUUCAUUGGUGAGCUGUACAAACUGGGUAUGCUGACAGAGCGCAUCAUGCAUGCUUGCGUGAAGAAGCUGGUCGAUUACGAGACGACACCUGAAGAGGCUGAGAUUGAGUCGCUUUGCAAACUGCUCAGGACUAUUGGUGCCAACCUUGACGCAAGCCCCAAGGGCAAGAGCUUCAUGGAUGCCUACUUUGACCGCAUCCAGAACGUUAUCAACAUGCCUGACCUUCCCAGCCGUCUCAAGUUCAUGCUGAUGGACGUUGUCGACAUGCGCAAGUCCGGAUGGGCCACGAAGGAGGCCAACAAGGGUCCCAAGACCCUUGAUGAGGCCGAAGCCGCCGCUGCUCAGAAGGCUCAGGAGAACGCCCGUGGCGGCAGCCAACGCGGUGCCCCAGGCGGUCGUCCCCAUUUCGGCCGCGGCGAUGCUCGCAGCUUCAGCAACUACACUCAGCAACAAUCCAACCAGGUUGGUAUGGAUGAUCUGCGCCGUCUGAAGGGUGCCACCAGUCGUGCGGCCAGCGGCAACGUCACACUGGGCCCUACGUCCAUGUUCUCUUCGCGUAGCAACAGCGGUCGACGACUUGGACCUGGCGGCUCGCUGGGCCGCGCUGGCGAGGACUCGAACGCCUCGUCGCGCACGGGAACGCCUCCCACUACACACACGAACGCCUUUAGUGCCCUUGCCAACUUGGACAACGAUAACCCUGCCUCCCCUCCUUCGACAGCAGCUUCCCCAGCGCUUUCCAAGGCUGUCCCUGACAGCACUGCUGCCAAGGAGAGCAAGUAG